AUGGACCUGGUCCAAAAAUUCGAUCAACUGCCGGGCGCAGAGCCCAUUCGAUGCAUCGACAUGCAUACCACUGGCGAGCCAACCCGAAUCGUUUUCCAAGGUUUCCCUUCCCUCAAGGGUACUCUUCUUGAAAAGCGUGAUCAAGCCAAGAACCAGUAUGAUCACAUUCGGAAACGCAUCAUGUUGGAACCCCGUGGUCACUACGAUAUGUAUGGAGCAAUCAUUAUUCCUGAGACCGAACUGGUCCAGUCGGGCGAGGCCCACAUUGGCACCCUCUUUACCCAUAACGGAGGGUUCUCUACUAUGUGUGGCCAUGCUACGAUCGCACUUGGGAGGUUCUUGGUGGAUACACAUGAUCUCAAAGUCUUUCCUAAGCGCAAGGAGCUUCAAUUUGACUCGGUAACACGUGAGGUUGCUGUGAAUAUACACGCUCCCUGUGGACUAGUUCGUGUGAUAGUGCCAGCUACAGCCAAUGGAGAGGAAUCAGAUCCCUCUCGCCCGGUCAGAUUUCUUUCUACUCCAGCUUUCGCUGCUGCCACUAAUCUAAAAAUCUCUCUUCCCGAGGAAGUGUGCUGGCCUGAAUUAGGCCAAAAGAAGUCUAUCAAUAUCGAUAUAUCAUACGGCGGGGCUUUCUAUGUACUAGUGGAUGCUCGUGAACUUGGAUUUGAAAAUGGAUUACAAAAAGUUGAUAUAAAAAAAAUAUCAAACGCCGCCAGCAGGCUCAAGGCCUAUCUCACGACUGAACCAAGUGUUGUGCAGGCUAUAAGCCACCCUGAAGAUAGUCGGCUGUCAUUUUUGUACUCCGUCAUGGUAGUGGACACUGAAAUCGGAUCGCGGCCUGAAGGAGUUGAUGGCGCUGAAACCGGCCUCUGCUUUUUUGCCGAUGAUCAGAUCGAUAGAUCUCCCACUGGAUCCUGUGUGACAGCCCGCAUGGCCCUUGCCCAUGCGAAAGGAAUAAGACAGAAAGGCCAGAAGUGGGCCUACAAUUCUCUAGUGUCAAAUCAUUUCCAAACAGGAAGUUUUGUCGCUACCAUCACUGAUGAUAAUGUUGCAUUGGGAGAGACAGACGAAGAUAGAGUUGUGGUUUGUGUCGAGGGCCAGGCAUAUUACACUGGAACUUCAACUUUCAUUCUUGAGCAAGGUGAUAUAACCAGUGCCAGUGGAUUUACAAUGCAGGCAUGUGCCGAAUAG